CUCCCCUUCCCCGGAGAGAUAACAGUUCAUUAUGUUGGCAGUGACUCUGUUUCUCUGAGCUGGCGACCUUCUGACCCUGGCGCGGAGGUACGAGUUGACCUACUCCUGCUACACCCAGAGAGAGAUCUGUUCCAGCCAAGGUUUCAACAGCGCUGAUGUGGGGGGCCUGUUUCCAGGGACGGAGUACAGUGUCAGCAUCACAAUGGUCACUGAAGAUGGGAAUCGGAGUGCGGUGGUCAACAUGUCUAUGUAUACAAGUAAGUGCUUUUAAAAGGUUCUUGGGAACUUCACCUUUGAAUCCAUUGAAUAUUAAUCAAGACUGCAUUCCCGUUUGCCAAUCAGUUCUUAAAUAAAUAUUGCGUUGCAGUAUUUAUACAGUAGAGUAGUUUUAGUUUUCACAUGUAAUCAGAUGAAGGCGUUGUCUGCAGGCAAUACUUGUGUACAUAAAGAUGCUAUAUAAAUACACUUUUUUUUUUUGCACUGAUAGUGAAAAUGUACUUUUAGAUUCAUGUAUCAAUGAAUAAGGUUUUCAUUGUUAAACAAAGAACACUCAACUGUAUUCUUAAAAGGAGAAUUAUGUUUUUGACUUGUGUUUUCGUUAUUAGUUGAAUUGAGCCCUCAAACUUGAUUUACUGUCCUUUUCAGUGCCUGUACCACCCAACAAGGUAAAGAUUGACCAAUCCAGCAGUCAAUCAUUGUCUCUAAAUUGGGAUAAACCGGUGUCGCUGGUGUCGUUGAGGCAUAUCGCAUGACCUGUUCCUGUGGUGACAAGAGUCCAACACACUGACCUUCUCCAGUCUGAGUCCAGGUGUCAAGUACUCCUUCCACAUUUCAACGGUGCUGAAGAACGGGACCCAAAGCAAGUCAGCUGUGAAUUAUUAUUAUUUUUAUUUUAUUUUAUUUUAUUUUUACAGUUUCAGUCUAGCAGGAGGACAAUUACCAACCUUCUAAUAUGUCAUCUAUUAAAUAUGGAUAGUGUUUCACAGUUUUAAUAACAAAGGUUUUACUAAAUUCACCUGUUCAUAUUUAAUGAUAUUUCAAACCAUUCUCUUUUCACCCACUUGGAGAGUUUGCUGCUGGACCUGGGGUUGGAGCAACACUACACAGAGAAGCUCACCCUGAGCACCGUGCUCCAGAUAGAUGAGAAGACAGUCACAGAUGAACCUACUCAGACUCUCUCAGCCCUGCCAUGGACUUUCCUAAAUAGGUUAAUGAUGGUUAAUGUGACUGCUAGGAGUGUAAAAUGUACCUCAUCAGGAGGCAAGGAAAGUUGUGAUGCUUCAUUUUGCAACAUAGACCUAGAUCUGAAUAGUCUGGUUGAAUACCUUGACUCUAAUACUAUUGUAAACCCCUUAGACAUUGUGAAUGCUCUCUUUCUGUUCUCUAAUGGUUUCUCCAGCAAGAGAUUACAAAAUGUAAAUGUGUCAGUUUUCUGUGCCGCUGCUUCUCCCCAUUUGUGACACAGAACAGUACACGCUAAUGCUCUGGGCAAUGCGAGACAUUGUCAAGAAGUUCAGACCACAUUCGUUGGCAGAUUCCAGAGGAUUUGUUGAAGACAGGAUUGUUCUCUCUGACCUCCCCAUGGUCUCUUUUGUCAGAUUGGGUGGGUGCUCUCUGUCCAAAUCGCAGAUUCUAAACAAGCUUCUAAGUAAUCCCCAACAAUAUCAUGACAUGUUCAUCCAACACGAUAUAGAAUGUGGUGAUAGUCCAAGGAGAAUAUCCAAUGGAUUGUUUGAGAUAAGCUGGUACCUCCCCUGUGGGAACAAGAACAUUGACAUCUUUGGUGAACUGGUCGCUUUGACUAAUCUGAGAGGGGACAUCAGUUUGUUUGAGACGUAGUACUCCUUUCUUUGCCUGACUAGCCAACACACCAAGGCUCAGCUGUUUCUAGUGGGUAACACACAGAGCAAGAACUUCAGAACUGACGCGUUGAAGAAAACCAUCAAAGAACUUGAAUACAAGCAACGUCAUCCUGAAGACCAAACAGAUGAAUGAUGCUGACUUUCUGAAGAACCCGCGAAACGCAGUUGGUGAGGUGAUCAAGAGUUCAAAGUCCAAAAUGCCAUUGGAGCAAAUGGCUGAAGUGGGGCACGAGCUUGGGAUGUUGGUUGACGAGGACUACCAAGAAUGUCAGAGUGACAUCACACAUAAAAAAAUUUAUGACUCCCCACAGUAUAAGGAAAGACGGCUUCCCUUGCAAGGACAGAUUUGGAAGGAGCUGGCACGUCUAGAGAAGGAGGAAUGCAGACUCCAGAAAGCUGUGGACAAGAACAUUAAGACGUACAAAGUAAACUCCAAUCAGAGAAAA